CACAAGUUUACGCUAUAAACUAUAAACAUCAGAAACAUAACAAAGAGACUAGUGAGAAGACGAAAAGGAUUAGCGUUUAUCCUUACACCAAUUUUACAACGCAGCAGUUCUCGAAUUUUUAUUUCAAGUGAAAAUUUGAUAGAAAUAGUUAUCUUAUAAAACAAGUGUGAAAAAAUCAAGAAUGGCGACACGAAAGUUAAAUACGCUGGAGGAUUUGAGUGAAUCGUGGGUGGAGUUGAAUUCCGAUGGGCUUAAUGGAGCUGAGAAUGAAUACAUUCGCUUGCUACGUGAAGCACAGAGGGAGAGUCGGGACUCUUCUGUUCGACAUUCGCGAGCCUCCAGCAUGAAGGGCAGUCCUAAAUCGCCGCCCAACAGUCCAAAUCUCGAGCCAUCCACUGAAGAUGAGCUGAAGGGAGUCUACAUCAAUUGUUGGAGGGAUGAAUCCAACGAUUGGGUUUGGGAGUGGAGUAGCCGGCCUGAUCAGCUACCCCCUAAGGACUGGCGGUUCAAGCACCCGGUAAAUGCUCGUGGUCCUCCCUCAGCCACCUCCUCCAUUGAGGUGUUGGAGCAGCAGGCUAAUAUGCAGCAGAGCCAUUGCUUAUCCGUCCGUCGCACCUGCCUGUUUAGUCGCGGUGCUGUAGCGGCCGUUCUUGUCACCAACAUUGUGUCUCUUCUCAUUGGUGCCGGAAUUGGCGUUUGGUUGAGCAAAAAGGGAAUGCUCCCUCCCAGACUGAUUGUGCUGAACUGAAUAUAUGAAAGACUGAUAUGAUGGGUACAGAUUGUAAGGUUUAGUAGCUAAAAUGGUCACGCCUAGUGGGAAGAUUUGAAAAUAAAUAAUAAAAAAAUAAAAAAAAAUAAUCUUUGUAUCUAGACGUAGAUCUUUUGUAUUAUAUAAAAAUUGAUGUGAUUGACUUUUUAACUAUGUUUUAGUUGUCUUUUGAUUUGGGGAUUUCUCUUCUCUGUUCUUUUUUUUCUAGCAUGACUUUUUUUAUUUUCUGUAAACAAAGGGGAAUUUGUUUUUAUUUCAGUCACAUCGAUUUUUGUAAUGUCACUUUUUAUAAUAUUCUAGCGUAUAAGUCUGUUAAAGUAAGACAAGAUUUUUUUUAUUUUAAACAGAUGUUUAUUUUUGCAUUUUUUAUAUUUUUCUAUGUCAGUGUAGCACAGAUUUGUUUCAUAAAAAUGUAGAUUUCUUAAACAUCUGUUUCUUUCAUAAUAAUGCUUCUAUUCCAAAAUGUUGCCAUGUAUAAUAAAUUGCUUUGAGGAAAUGUUAUGUCUAAAUAAAAUUAUUUUAUUAAUAAGUUCAUAAUAGACGUUAACGUAGUGAAAAGUAGCUAAUAUUGUUUAUUUUAACUGUGAUUUCACAAUUACAUUUUUAUAUGGGACCUAAAUUGUAUUCAUCGUCACACAUCCCUCUGUUGCUCAAUAACUGCUCAUUCUGCUCAUUCAAAAUCUGUGACCCUUUGACAUCUAUUGAAGAAUAGAUUGAACACUCCGAAGUCCAUAUAUUUUCAUUACCAAGUUUUUAUGACAAAAUUUAUUAAAAUAAUUUUUUAACUGAUUGGAAUGUUGAGUUUUUGGAUUUAUUAUAAAUAAAAUAUUAAAUGAUAAAGAAUAUUACUAAAUUCUGUGUUAUCAUAUGUGAAAAUCAAUGACGAUUUUUUUUGAAGUAGAACACUUAAAUUAUUAUUGUAGUUUUAGCAUCGUAAAAGAAUUGUUUCGUUUAUAUCAUUGAUUUUCAUUUACAGAUAUGUAUAUAUUUGUGAUAAUCAUAAUCAUUAGUUUUAAGCGCUUGAAGUAAUUCAAUAAAUACGCAUUUUAAUAA